AUGGGAAUUGGUUAUAGUAGUUGCAAUACCAACCUUGGAAUUAAUUGUCCUGAUUUUUGCUCCAGCACCACAGGUACCACUGCUCGAUGGGGACCCAUUGAAGUUUCCAUGUGCGCUGAUGAAGAGGAAGAAGAUCACACAAAAAUUUGGGGUGUGUCUUACUAUAUAGGUAAAAAAUCAAGGCAUGGUUUUCACGAUCACAAAGAUAUUUGGGGCAUGCCUUUCGAAUUAAAUAAGGGAUCAAAGCAAGGUUGUGGUUUUCAAUUGCGAGCAAAACACGACGACAAUGGUGUUGAGAAUAUAUAUUUUGCACUAUCAGCUAAUGACGAUAGCACAGAUGGGUUUAAUUUGGAUAUCAAAAGGGUUGGAAAUGAUGGUCUUCAGAAACAAAUUAACGGUAUGAAUAACAGUGGGAUAUAUAAAACUUCUAUAUGUGUCAAACAAGGUUAUUCAAUAGAGUCCACUAUUGUUUCGUUUGGUAAUUCAUACAGUGACACUCUUUUUGUUUUACAAAUGAAGAAAAGAAAGAACCAUGACAAUGCUUACAUGGCAACUAUGGCACACUAUUAUGUUACUAAAGAGGUUGGUCUUUCCGUUGCGGCAAAAAUUUACCUUUGUAAAGGAAAAGGUUUUGCUGUUGAAGUGAAAGGUCCAUUCAAAGACCCAAGUGAUGAUUUGCGUCGAGUUAUAGCUGAAACCUGUCGGACUGGUAUAUGGUCUCCUGAAGCAAAGUCUAGUUCAUCCUUUAAGAACAAUGACACUGCAGGCCAAUUUGUUAAUCAUGCUUCUAGUUCGAACAAAGGUCUUAUUAAUUCAAAUGGAUACACUAGAGGUUCCCUAAACAAUUCUAUCUUUAAAAAUUGUAGAUUUUCGUAA